UGCCCCUCCAGUUGAGCAGUAAUGUGAAGACCUUCCUGGUUUCACAUCCCACAGAGAGAGAGAGAGAGCAUAUACUUCUUCUCGAUGAAGAGAUGAUGCGAAAAUCACCAAAUUUGGGAAGAACGAGAACAAAUUGCUAGAGCUCUGAUCUUUCAGUUCUCAAGUAAACCGAAAGAAAAGAAGGAAUAUAAUGGAGACUCCCUGGAACAAUUGGUUCUCAGAUAGUGAAAUUAGUGAUUCAGGGUUUCUACAGCAGUGGGAAAUUGCAUCAAGCAACAACAAUAGACAAGAUAAUAUAAAUAUUAAUCAGCAGGUAGUAGGAGCAGCAGGAGCAGCUGGAGCAGCUGCAGUAGGAAUGGCAUGUGAUAGCCAGAACUCGCCUCAGUCUUUGCAUGAUAUUGUGGGUCACUCAUCAGAUCAUUAUGGAUCAGGGACUAAAGCUCAGGAGACCAUCAGCUGGAACUUUAACCUGGGCAAUAAUAAUCAGAUGGAGCUUGAUCAUGGCUCUUGCUCAUCAUCAGGGCUAAUGCCACUUGACUUGCUGCCUAGUAAUCCAACUAAACAUGUUGCUUUUGCGAGGCCGAAGGAGGAGCAGAAGCGUGAACUACCUAUCCAACGAGGGAUGACGACCACCACCACGCUGUCGCAAGCGCAAGAGCAUAUCAUUGCGGAGAGGAAUCGGCGCGAGAAGCUGAACCAGAAGUUCAUUGCACUCUCUGCAUUGAUCCCUGGCCUUAAAAAGGCAGAUAAAGCUUCCGUUCUUGGAGAUGCAGUGCGCUAUGUGAAGGACCUCCAAGAAAAAGUGAAAACCCAAGAAGAACAAAACAUGGAGAGGACCAUCGAGUCUGUGGUCUUCGUCAAGAAGUCUCACGUCUCUAUCAACGACGAUGAAGGUUCAUCAUCGGAUGAGAACAACGGUGACAAACCACGGUUGUCGCAACUUCAACCUUUCCCCGAGAUCGAAGUGAAGGUCUCGAGGAAGACGGUGCUCGUAAGAAUCCAUUGUGAGAACAGCAAAGGUGUUCUCGUCAAGGUCUUAUCGGAGAUCGAGAACAUGAACCUCAUCAUAACCAACAACAAUGCAAUGCCCUUUCUUGGCUCCUCCAUCAAUAUAACAGUGACAGCGCAAAUGGAUGUGGAGUUCUCAAUGACAGUGAAGGACAUUGUGAGGAAGCUGAAAUCUGCUUUGGUGUAGGCCAUAAAAUAUAUGUUAAGAAGCUAAUUAUAAAGAGGGCCAUAUGAUGUCAUCUAAUCUUAUACCAUUUCUGAUUUUGAGGGGGAAACUACUGUUUCUCUUUUCCUUCAGCAAUAUAAAUUCUAGGGUUUUUCUUCACCAACUUUGUGUAAUCAUCUCUCAUCAAGCAAUUGCACUGUCUUUUGCACAACAGAUGGUGCAGGUGUUUCAUGUGAAGCUCAGCAACUCCCAUUUUAUAAUCCAACAAGGCUGAGUAGCUUUCCGGCUCCCAACAGCAUGACCACUUGUUAUUUCUUCAUUUGUUAAAUAGAUCACAACAGGUUGGCUGAAGAUUCUGCAUAAUGUCCAUGAUCAAGUUUGAUCAACUUCACUCGUAUUUUUUGUUCAUAAAGUGUUGAGUAGUACUUACCAACCGGAGAUUGCAAUCUUCUAAAGAAUUAUAUAUGAA